GUGUUCACGUUGUUUCGCUUGUUUAACAUCACGUCCCAUUUCUAUGAACAGGACAUUAUGACCGUGUGACAAGCAAUGAUAUUCGCACGUUUUGUAAGGUCGAAAUUAGUACAUUUCACUCUUCACUUUAGGAUCACAAUGUCGUCAGCUGUCGUCGCAGCGGAGAAACUCGCUUACGUUAAUUAUGACUCCGAAUGCACCAGGCUACGUUUGUCGUUUAAGUAUGCUUCAGAAGAUCUCGCAGAACGACAGUAUACAUUAAAUCGUGGGUCCGCAGAGGAGCUUCGUGUGGUACUAACUAGGAUAGCGCUCAACAUUGCCAACGCUGAAGAGGGAAAAAAGAAACGGAAAAGGAAGAAAGAGUGUGCCGAAGAUACUUCGAAAACUGACUUGCGACCCGAGUUGUCAAUUUCUUUGGAACACAAUGGCCUGCCUGUGUCAGGAGAUGUGGCGAACAGCGAUGCCUGGAAAGAUGGUUCCAUACUGCAGAUUGGUGAGCAACGGUACGUGAUUGCGGUAAAUGCACCCACCGUGCGGAGUGUUCGCCUGCCCAAGUACUUCAUGGUAGGCUUUCCAGCUUAUGCGCGCAUUGAACUGGAGAAUUGCAGUUUGAGUGACUGGAAACUGACCUGGUAUAUGAGCGUCACGAAAGGGCAAAAGCUACCAAGCCAUGAAGUGCGCAAAGUGAACAACAUGCUGUUCUUCAACACGCAUCAUAGUGGUCCAUUCCUAACUCCAGGCGCUUCGGACAUUGGACGCCAUGUGCUUCUGUCACUGACACCUUGUGCAGGGCAGGGCAUGCCAGUUGAAGUUAUUUCACCUUCUGCUGUUGAAGCUGGCCCUGGUAUAUGUCCGUUCGAAGCGAGGCAGUCUUUUACACCUUUCUUCACUGCACCUGGAAGGUUCCGAUGCAUUUCUUACAACCUCCUUGCUGAUGUCUAUGCUGAUACGAAGUUCACAAGAUCUGUCCUGUUUCCAUAUUGCGCAUCUUAUGCCCUUGACUUAAGUUACAGGAAGCAGUUGCUUUUAAAAGAACUUCUGGGCUACAAGGGAGAUCUGAUGUGCUUGCAAGAAGUUGAUCGCAGAGUUUUUCAAGAAGAUCUAGAGCCUAUACUUGGAGAUCAUGGCUUUAGCGGUUAUUACACGGAAAAAUGUAGCCCGAUGGCUGAAGGGGUGGCUUGUUUCUUCAGAUUAUCCAAAUUCAGGGCACUUCAUGAGCGUAGUAUUGUAUUGGCAACAGAAAUGACGCAGGAACCAGUGCUGUCGGACAUUUUGGCAAGCAUCAACAAAAAUGAGCACCUCAGGGAUCGAAUUUUAAGUCUUCCAACAGCACUCCAGAUUUUACUCUUGGAGCCUCUAGAAUUGCCCGGAAGACUGCUUUUGGUGGCGAACACACACCUUUACUACCAUCCAGAUUCUGACCACAUCAGACUACUCCAGGCUUACUGCUGCAUACGACUAGUUGAGUGGAUGCAAGGGGAAUAUACAGAAAAGUAUGGUGUUAUGCCUGCUGUCAUCUUUGCUGGCGACUUCAACAGUUGUCCUGCAUUUGGAGUGUACCAGCUUAUGACCUGUGGAUACGUGUCACAGGACAGCAGAGACUGGUGUAGCAAUGUUGAAGAAGCUGUGGUGGGCUUGGAGGCAAGGCAGAAGAUUCUCUUGGCAAGUGCAUGUGGCAUCCCUUCGUACACCAACUACACCAGGGGCUUCCAGGGCUGCCUGGACUACAUCUUCUAUGACUGCAUGCAGCUAGUUCGGGAGCAUGUAGUACCUAUGCCAACUCAUGAGCAGGUGACCCAAGAGGAGGCACUGCCCAGUGCACACUUCCCAUCUGACCAUGUGGCACAGGUUGCCACACUCAGAUGGCUUUGAACUCUAGGGCAUUAAUAUGUUUCCUUGAUUCCAAUGUUGACCUUGUAUUUUGUGGGUAUCGUGACACCCAGGUGCAAGAACUCAAGAACUUUGAAAGAUCCUGCAGCAGUCUUCCAAGCACAGGUUAGUUGCAGAAGCUGAUACUUGCAGGUAGUUGAUUAAUGCCAUGGCGUUCUGAACUAUGACUUCUGCAUGGCUAAAGUUGUGGUGGAUAUGGUGUACAAAAUUCCAAUUAGUAAGCCAUAAAAAUCUGGGUUUCAAAUUAAGUCAGACCCAUGUUUCCGAAAGAGACACUGAAGGCAAACAUUAGGUCAAGCUAAAGUAAUGGAUUAGUGCUUUGAAAUGAUAAAAGCAUCACUUUUACUGGUAACAGAGUUUUGUAAGGCAAAAAUUGGCAGUUUCACCCAAAAGCGUAGUAGUGAUAGCGAUAGCAAGGUUUACCAUUGCACUUGAGCUCCUCGGAUGGUGUUCUAACAAUACAUGGAAGUAACACGUUCGCGUGAUGCAGCACGCGAGACAACUAUUGUUGCACAGCAGAAACAGUGCCCUGGCUGAUAACAAGAGUCUCACAAGGCUGGUGCGAUGAUGAACGCCAGCAGCGGCGUUACACAUUGAUGGCACACGAGAUGGAACUGAUGAAACACCAUCGGUGUUUGUCAGCACACAAUGAAAGGACUAGAUAGCUUUGGCUUGAAAUCUGUUCCGUUCAGACCAGUGUAUGCACCACACAGCUGCCCAGCAGGAAUGCGAAUGUGUGUGCACACAUUAGCAUCCUGGCUCCGCUGAAGAGUCAAUUGAACUGAGCAUGAUGAUAUGUCCAUUCCAAUUGGCUUUGUCGUUACUGCGGCAGGACACACUGUACGUCUCUGGAAACCUUCUAACCCACCACACGUGGGUUGCACAUACGUCGAUACCAUGACAACGUGACAGUGGCAGCACCGAUGGCGUGAACGCACCCCUGGUGUCUGUACAAUUGUUAUCACAAUAAAUUGGCAAGAGUGUAGAACAGGAUUGGUGCCGCCACUGUGAAAAAUGCAGUACUAGCACACACGGCGUAUAACGUCCCAUUUCAAAUUUGCAAGUUGUAGUCAGCCAGUGACAAGAAAAAAGUCAAUUGAGUUACAUUUAAAUGUGAACGAAAACACAAUUUGCAUAUUUUUCUGGGAUUUUUCUACAGAAGAACUCGUGGAUGCUACCUCUUUGCAUUUCUUUGUCAGGACUAUUUACAGCAGUGUAGUGUCCUCUCUGUGGCCCUCUGACUCUAAGCAAGCGGUUAAUGCAUUACUUCUAAUAUCAGUGCAGUUCCUACAGAAAUCACCCCACUUGUGGGUAAAUUGAACUGCAGAAAGAUAUUGUGGCUUGUACAGUUUUGAUUUUCUCUGCAAUGAAGUCAUCUCUCAUCAAACACCAACGCCUAACGUAUCCACCUCUCUCUGUGUCGAGCACGCGCCAGAGAGAAAUAUUGUGCCGCCAACUACAAACUCGCACUUUUCUUACCCCACGCACUUUGCACUCAUUCUUUCCCGACACAUACCCGACACCCAAGUGUCGCUUCUGCCCUGUCCAAACAGCAGAUCUCUCCCAUAUAAUGUGGAAAUGCCCCAUCAAAUAUCCCCCCCGCAACCUCAAACCAUUAAUUAGUAGCGAGGAGCUGUGGGAGACUGCCCUGCGCAGCUCCGAUCCCACCCUGCAGGACCGAGUCCUGAGGUGGGCUGAGGAGGUAGCGGAGGCCUACCACGACUGGUAGGCGGACGUCUGGCAGCACAAGGUGCUAAGACUGGAGCACACAGGCCUCCCUCUCUCCCCCCCGGCCCCUCCCCUUUCUUAAAAAGGGAAAUAAAAGUUCAUUCAUUCAUUCAAGUCAUCUCUGGGCAUAAAACAAAUGUUUGAGAUUUCUGGAAGAGGACUCUUAGCUGUCUUUAUUCAAUAUUUGAUUUUAGUGACCCUUUCUGUAGAAAAAAACGGAUUGUUAUUUUUUGUGUUAGCAUUAACUAUGUUGCAUUUUAUAUGCACAAAAAGUCCCACGAAUGUUUUGACAACAUGGAUGCAGUUUGAGGAAAUUACCCAGUGAGAAAUGCUUUCUCUUGUUGGGAAUGUUCAUGUUCCAUUGCAAGCUUACACAUUUUUUUUUUCGGGGUGUGGAAGGACGCAUAUAUAUUAGGCCGAAAUGAAAAUUUGAUGCUAUAACAAGCUACAUAAACAAAACUUGCAGCCUGGGUUGGUGCAAAUGUGUGCAUGACAAUUUAAGCAUUCCUUUGUGUCAUUGAUCAAUGGAUUGCAUUCAUCAGACUGAUUAUCACCAUUGGCUCUGUUUGCACUUAGUUCUUUAUCAGUGGAAGAAUGCUUGCUGCAAAGCAGGUUCUCGAAGUGAAACUGAACCAAAAACUGUACCCGAACUGGAAUUUCAGCCGAAACUGAACCCGAAUGAAUAUUCUUGGAAAGACUCUGAACGCGAACUAAUAUGGAACUAAAAAAUAUUAAUAAUGGUUACCGGUUCAGAACGAGACCUUUCAAGCAAUUUGGGUGGCACAUGAAGUAAAUUAAUUCAUUAGGCUAAACAAAAAUUUGGAGGACGCUUAAGCUUCGUGUUUAAGAGUGGAACGUGAUAGCAUUCAAAGAUCCCCGACUGCUUCUCACGCUUCCCGGGAACUGCAGCUUAUGUAACUGUAAUGUUUACCAGGAAACGCUGGCAGCAAACGCUAUGCACGAAGGCGAGCUUUCUGGUACAAACGUGGCCUCUUGCAUGGGCCGAUCUUCUGUUAUUGUUUCGUACUUUUAAUAUUUCAGUCUGAGAAAAUUUAGCAUAAAAGGCAUGCGCUGUCAGUGUUUUGUUUCAUGACAUUUGUUUGUGGGCUGUCCUACUCAAAAUUCUGAGGAAUAACUUUGUAAAUAUGUAAGACAAGGUAUGAGCAACUUUGGUGCUAGAAGAACUUUAGUGCUGUAUAGAAUAUAUACAGCAAUUUUCCCUCACGCGAUGCCAACGCCGGCUACGGCACCGACGCCAGAUUUUCUGCGACGACACGGGACCCUUAACGAUGUUUCUUUAAAACAGCUUUCCUUUCAGUCAGCCUGCUCCACGUGUAGCCUGUUAUUACAUGCAAUGUGUAUGAGCCAUUCAGGACAGAUGAUGCUAAAACUAGACAAUGCUGAGAUGCUUGCCAUUCCAAAUUCGGGCCAUGCCAGCCGGGCUCCAUGGCAGAAACAUUUAUUGCGAUAGCAAUUAUAUGGACACUCCAAGUGUAUUUCUGCCGUCGGCGUCGCCAUGAGGUUCCGUAUCGAGUCCAACGGCAAUGAAAUCGUCGCUGAGUGAAUGUGCGAGUGAAAGCACGCGAGGGACGCGCGCUUUCACGGGGAGCGAACACACUGCAGAGAGCAAACGCGACUUCUCCCGUCGCGCGAAACGCCAUGCGUGGAUGAGAGGAAGGGAGGGAGGGGAGGCGACGUUUAGCUGCGGCACCAAAUGCGUAUUUAUAUAAAAACGUUGCGAGGUGAGAAGGUGGUAAAGACUUCCAACGCUGCUCAACGAGUGUCCCAUUCUGAUCUUGUCGAAAACCUCCGAGCCGCCCCCAGAGGCACCGGCAACAGUCACCAAUGCCACGCAGGCAAAACGCCGAUGAGGUCGACAACAGCUCUGCGCGUUGCUGGUGCUGCUGCAUGUCCAAGUUUAUACAGCUUAUAAAACUACUAUCCUUACUCCGUAUAGCUCUCUACUAAUUUGCUAUCGCAAUUGAUGCUUCGCUUUUCGGGUGAAACUGCGACAUUUUUUCGAGGGCCUACUAAGGACUGCCAAUAGCGUUGCAACUUUGUGUUUGAGUCUUUAACUCGGGUAACUCAAACACCAGCUUAAAAAAAAAAAAAAGACGCUUGACUGCAGUAACUAGGAAACCAUGAAAGCACGCGUACCUGGGCAAAAGAAAGGUGCACUCAUGGAGACAAUGCAGCAAGCCAACCGGAGGAGUGGUAAUCAUCACACUGCUGGUGUGAGUGAAUAUCACCGUCAUGAUAAGCUUAGCAUGUUGUUGCCAGUGGUAUGUGGCGGACCAUCCAGGGUGCCAUGCAAUGUCAUUUUUUGCAGAGGAGAGAUCCAAUUAAGCAAUUUGAAAUUAUUUUGAAUGUAAAGAAAAAUGCUCAGUGGCAUGCAAAUUACUGUUUACCUACAGCACUUCUAUACAAUACUGCUGUUUCUUAAGUGAUGUCAUUGGAACUACAUUGAAAUUCACUGCAGUCAGCGUGAGCCACAAAAAAAAAAAAAAAGAAAUAGUGAGCUGUAUUUUGUGUACUGUGAUUACCUAGUUGUUUGACGAAAGUGAGAUCGUGUCAUUUGAGGCUUUUUGCAUCUAGAAUUGAAGUGACAGCCUGUCUUUCUUACAAGCCAGUACUCACAUGCACUUGCAUAGCGUCAGGAACACAGACUUUCCUGAGGGGGUGUGAAAUUUGCAGUCAUGUUUUUUUUUUUGUUAUGUUUUCUUUGUCAGGGUGUCUUUAGCUUUGCCCAUGGGUGAUUUUGCUUCAUGCCUUUUCAUUUCUUUCUGGGGAUUGUGAUACAUAUGAAACGAACUGGGUCUCUGUUCAAAAAUAGUGUCCAUUUCAGUAUUAUUUAGUUGCUUGUCAUCCCACUGCAGGUAUAAUGAUUGGUAAUUUAUCUUUAAUUUUUCGAUGUAGUUUAGUCAGCACUACUAGAAUUUCUGUUGUAAACGUCUUUCUGUGAACAAGAACUGGACCAGAAUGAAGCAAACCAGCUUGAACCUAAACUGAACUGUUUUUUUUUUUUUUUUAUUCGACACCCUUCUGAGAAGUGCUUCACAUGCGGGUUCUCGGAGAAGUGACAACAAUUUGUAAAGAUGUUGAGUGGUGUACUUAUGUUUUUGGAGCAACUGGUGGUCACAUUACGUUUGUUGCUGAGUUCAAACCUAUGGCAAGUGAUCAUCGAUCAUUGCUGUGCACAUGGUGUACGAUACUUCAAAUUUGAUGUCAGCAAGCUGUGGGGCCUUCCAUCAGCUUAGAGGUGCGUCUGAAAAAUGAAGUGCAGCAUGAAGCAAAUCAGCUAUCACUUUGUCUAGACAGCAUUGCUGUAGAAAACAACGUUUUUAGAACAUUUUCCUGAAUUCCAUGAGUAAUCAGUGGAGUUCAGGAAAAUGGCCAAUAUCAUGCCUUCCAGGUAUUUUUUGAGCAUUUGUGCACUUACAAAUUUUUGCAACUUCUAAACUAGGGCCAUCUUUUCUAAAAAACAUUGAAUCAACUGGUCAAUUUUGGAAAACUAUUAUCAUGUUUCAUGAAUAUUUAUUUUUUGUUGUGUGCUUUGUGGGGUCUCACACAUGCUCUUGGGACAAAGGAACGACAACACAGUAGUGUAAACAAGCAAAGGGGCAUUUAUUGCGCCUUUCAUACACCAAUGCACUCUAGCCGAAUUACAACCAAUAGAACAUUCACAUGGGCGCGCGACAAAUCAAGGAAGUCCGACUCACCGCGCCCGACAGCGAGCGAAUAUGUUCGCCCCAUGCUGUGACACCAUCGCCUAGUCGUUCACGUGUACAGUCACGCGAACGGUGGCGCGCUCGAACGAUCCGUGUUCAUCCAUACCGGUGUCCUGCUCUUAGCCUCGCGCGACGGUCGCGCGAAGCGGCCGGUGCACGAGCGAAGCGUUCGCCGAUCCCCAAGCCUAAGAGAGAGCGCCUUCGACCUUUUUUUCCCAAGUCACCCCGCCGUUUGGCGGCGUUAGCAUCGCGACACUCGCACCAUCUCCCGCAAUGCGCCGAAACUGCUGCCGGGCUUAGCCACGCGGAGAAGCCGGACUACAGGAGAGAUGCGGGGAAAACAACAUCAGGGGACGCGUGAGAGUCGCGCAUCCCCACAGCUUCAGCUUGAAAAUUUGUUUAAGAUGGUGGAAACCUAGGUAUUCUUACUCUAAAAAUUUUGCGCCGGUUUUAUUGUAGAAAAAGAAAUUCAAUAAAGGGAUGAAAUUCGAA